UGAAAUGUGGCCCAACUUAAAAGCCCAAAAAGGUUGAAAAGCCCAAAAACAUUCUAUAUCCAUCUUUCAACACAACCUACAAAAACAGUUCACCGGUUUUCGUGUAAUUGCGGAAGCUUUUUUUUUGUCAGAAUGGAGGAGGAGAAACCUUCAGAUAAAGCAGAGAGUUCAGAGAUUCUGGGGGAUUGGGAUUCAGCUCUUCCGGCGAAUUCCGAAGAAAGAAUCGUGAUGGUCUCUGUUCCCACUUCACCGGGAUCUGUUGAUGCGACAUCGAAUCAGCCGAAAGAGAUCGAAUCUAGGGUUUCGGAAAAGGAAGGAGCUUCGACAUCAACUGCUGCCGGAAGGAGAGUGUUGCCGCCGUGGAUGGAUCCGUCGUACGAAUGGGGUGGUGGGAAAUGGAAAGAAGACGGAAGAAAGUUGAAGAAGAAGAAGAAGAAAGAGAAAGAGAGUGAUGAGAUUAUACCUUUUAAGGAAAUCAUUGAAGCUCUGCUUCGAAACUCCGGUGACAAUAAGGUUGAAGACAAGGAGGGGGUUAAUCAUCAAAAUCGGAGCUGUGUUGUUGACAUGUUGAAAUCAAUGGGCUUAAAGUUUCCUUAGUCAAAACUUUUGGGGCCUUUUUUUUUUUUUUUUUUUUUGUUUACUAAUUUUUAAUUUUAUCGGCUUUUUUAGUUUUUUUAUUUAUUUUGCGGCAAGUAGGUUAACUUUUUUUCAAUCUUCUAAAAUCUAAUUUCUUGAAUUUUCCACUUAUGACCUAAGUAAGUAUGUAAAAUAUGCAAAGUGUUAAAAUAUGUACGUAUUUUGUAACAAUUUUCUGGAAUUUCUUAAAUUUUUU